AAAGAAAGGCAGACUGAGACGAGUUUCUAAGAGUGCGAGAGAACCCACAACACAUCUCAAGAAGCCAUGGCGACCGCCUUGGGCUGCCGUCUCAGCGUUCUUGCCUCCCCGGCUGCGUCCCGGUACAAGGAUGUGAAUCUAAAAAGACAGAACAAGCCCAACCGGGUUGCAUGCAGAUCUAACUUCAAUGCAGUGCCUAUACUGUCAAGUAGCAGGAGUAUACAACAACCUAACCACAAUCUGCAUUCCUGGGCCCCGAAAGGAUUGCCAAACUUGCACCUUUCUUUUACGUCAUCGAGACUGUUAAGAGGGAAUCAAGGCGAUCAGUCACACAACAUAUCCAUGUUACCAAGACAACGGAAAUCUUCAACAUUGACACAAGCAAAGAAGAGCAACUCCAUCAGUAUACCUUUUCCGAAAAUGAAAGAGAAGCCAGAAUGGUGGUGGAGAACUUUAGCAUGUCUCCCCUACUUAAUCGCUCUGCAGAUGUCUGAUACCGGGUUUUAUAUUCAACCCUUCACAGAACACUAUGAAUUGUUUGGAGACUUGGUUUAUUAUGUCCCAGGAGCAAUAAAGAGGUUGCCAUAUUGGUUCACAAUGAUAUAUUUCUUCUUGGCGUAUUUUGGAGUGGUGAAGAAAAAAGAGUGGCCUCACUUCUUCAGGUACCAUGUAAUCAUGGCAAUGCUAUUAGAGACAAUGCUGCAAGUGGUCUGGUAUUCGAGCAAUUUUUUCCCGCUUAUACACUUCAAUGGCACAUUCGGCAUAGAAUACUGGGCAGUUGUGGCACUCGUGUACGUUUCAGUCAUGCUCGAGUGUGUAAGGUGUGCUCUUGCCGGCAAGUAUGUUAAACUCCCAUUCUUCAGUACCCCUGCUUUAGUCCAUACUCUUUUUCAAGUAGAAGGCUACCAUAAACCUUUCUGAAGAGUGUAUCGUUUAGUUCACAGUCCGAGUAGUUAACUUCUUGUUCUAGAGUGUAUCAUUUAGGCACUCACUUUUCAUGUGCACCACCAUGGAUUAAUCGGCUUACUUUCGUAAAUGGUUGUGUUACUAUAUGUUGAUUAUUUAGCUUUUUUUGUUGUUGUAUUAUUAUACAAGAUUGUCUGUCGCACGAACACUAAUGACAUACGAUCCUUUCGUUUACGAAUUGGGGAGCGUGUUUAUAGACA